AUGUCGGACGUACGGGCGCAGAGCCUCCAGGAUCCCGUUGACGUGUGCGAGUACCUGUUCCGCAGACUCCACGAGGUUGGGGUUCGUUCGGUGCACGGCGUACCCGGCGACUACAACCUGGUGGCUCUGGACUACCUCGCCCAAUGUCAGCUGCGAUGGGUCGGGAGCGUAAACGAGCUCAACGCCGCAUAUGCCGCGGACGGAUACGCUCGAGUAAACAAGAUCGGAGCCGUCAUCACGACUUUUGGCGUAGGAGAACUGUCUGCCAUAAACGGCAUUGCGGGGGCCUUCUCCGAGCACAUCCCCGUCGUGCACAUAGUUGGCUACCCGUCGACCGUUUCCCAGCGAAAUGGCAUGCUUCUUCAUCACACGCUGGGAAACGGCGACUUCACCGUCUUUGAGAAGAUGAACGCCCAGGUCUCAUGCGACGUUGUCAAGCUCAACAGGCCGGCAGAAAUCGCGGGCCAGAUCGACCAUGCCCUGCGCCAGUGCUGGAUUCAAUCUCGACCAGUGUACAUUACCCUGCCCACCGACAUGGUCCAGGAAAAGCUGGAAGGCGCUCGAUUGCGGGAGCCAAUCGACCUCUCCGAGCCAUCCAAUGCGCCAGAAGAGGAGGCUUACGUUGUCGACGUCGUCAUGAGGUAUCUCACUGCGGCAAAGGAUCCAGUCGUGCUGGUUGACGCAUGCGCCGUCCGCCAUCGUGUCCUCCCAGAGGUACAUGAUCUUGUCGAAAAGGCCAACUUGCCCGUCUUUGUGACCCCAAUGGGUAAAAGUGCCAUCAACGAAAAUCACCGCAAUUAUGGCGGCGUGUAUGCUGGCAGCGGCUCUUAUCCUUCGGGAGUCAAGGAUAUUGUCGAGUCUUCGGACCUUGUUAUCUCGAUUGGUGCUCUCAAGAGUGAUUUCAAUACCGCUGGUUUCUCGUACAGGACGUCACAGUUGAAAACGAUCAACCUCCACAGUGACCACUGUGUUGUGAGGUAUUCUACAUACCCGCGGGUGAGGAUGAAGGGUGUUUUGCGAAGACUUGUUGAGAGGAUCGACGAAGCGCAAUUCUCCCUAGUCCGGCAGCCCACUCACGUCGCUGGGAAUGCAGUCAACGUCGAACAUGGCCAUGACGAAUCCGAAGGAAUUACCCAGCAUUGGCUGUGGCCCAGGGUCGGGGAAUUUCUCCGCGACGACGACAUUGUGGUGACCGAAACAGGGACUGCCAACUUUGGCAUCUGGCAUACCAAAUUUCCUCCGGGAGUUACCGCCCUGAGCCAAGUCCUCUGGGGGAGCAUAGGCUGGUCCGUCGGCGCUUGCCAGGGGGCGGCACUCGCGGCAAAGGAACACGGCGGUACGCGAAGAGUGAUUCUCUUUGUCGGAGACGGGUCGUUCCAGCUUAGCGCUCAGGAAGUGAGCACAAUGAUUCGCCACGGGCUGAAUCCAAUCGUCUUCGUCAUCUGCAACGACGGCUUCACCAUCGAACGAUACAUUCACGGCAUGGACGCCCCGUACAACGACAUUGCCAAGUGGGACAAUAGAGGCCUCGUUGAUGCUCUCGGGGGCCGUGGCAAGGCUCGAACUUAUGCCGUGGGCAAAAGGCAGGAGCUGAACAAGCUGUUUGCGGAUCCUGCUUUCCAUUCGCCCAAGGAGAUGCAGUUUGUGGAACUGUACGUGCCGAAGAAGGAUGCGCCGGAAGCACUCAAGACGACGGCGGAGGCUAGCGCCAGGACCAACGCAAAAUAG